AUGUCUGAGCUGCCGAAAGUGGUGAGCUUUCUCAAGCUCCAAGAACGGCAGCGUCCGCUGAGCGAUGCCCUACAUGACCUGUUUGAGAGCGAGAAGUCCACAGAGCCUCCAGCGCCUCCAGCGCUGAGCGGUGUUCCGCACUUCCAAACGAAGGGCGGAACACCGCACGGUGCGCCUCCGAGUUUUAAAAUUGGGCCGAUGUUUGGACGAAAGGAAGAAGAAGCCGCAUCAAGUGCGCAGUGUGCACGAAGGUCUUCCUGGCUGAAGCCAUCAAAGAUUGAAGAAAAUGCUGCGUAUCAUGCUUUGAUGAAAGCAGUGCGAGAGGGAAAUGAUUUUCAAGUCCAAGAGGUGUUGCAAGUUGCGUGCAGUGAGGACCUCUUACAACGCAAGGACGCUGAUGGUCACACUGUUCUGCAUUUGGCUGCAAAGUUCUCCGCAGCUGAAUCAAAUGCCUCCAUUUUGUCCUACUUGCUGCACUGUGAGGCUGAUCCUGAAGCAAGAAAUCUUUUGGGUGAGACGCCCUUAAUACUUGCAGUGCGUGAAGCGCUGGAUGGAAAAGAGGAUCCCCAGUGGCUUGGUUUGGUUUCGUGCUUGUUGGAAGGUCGUGCCGAUCCCAAUGCUGCUGAUGACCUCAAUGAGGAAACACCCUUGAUGGAGGCGGCCUGCCAUGGCAACCAGGAGAUGUGCCAACUUCUUUUGAGAUUCAAUGCAGAUGUGUCGAAGAAAGCAGCUACGGGGGCCACCGCGGCGGAUUUCGCAGCCAGUGAAAGCUGUGAAGGACACCAAAAGGUUUUGAAGACACUGCAGCACUUGUCGGAGCAGGCAGACCGGCGCACGCGGCGCGUGCCGCGGACAGGCCCCGAGGCUUCAUUCCAAGCUGCGGAGGGAGCGCCAUUUGCCACUGCAAUGGGUUUCAACACAUGGUCUGGAGGCCUAUCAGACAGGUGGCAGGCACCAAAAUCUGCCAAAGCUGCGGACUCCAAUGAUGGGAAGGAGCAGAGAGAAGACUCUACAUCUGCCCCAGGUCCACAAUUUCCUGACUUCACGCCGCUGAUUUUCGGUGCGCAGACCCCUUUCUUCCACUCCAAUGCCUUUGAACAUGGCUACCGAAAUGGCCGCGCAGAGCGUUAUCCUUUCGAAGAGAGGUACACUCCCCAACCUGUGCGCCAUAAGGCACGUCACGAGAAGCAUUUUGUGACCUUGGGUCUCUCCUGUGAGGCAUCUGCAGAAGAAGUUCGCGCUGCCUACAGGAAGUUAGCCAAGCAAUUCCAUCCAGAUAAGAAUCAAGGCAGCAAAGAAGCUGCCGAACGGUUCCGUGAGGUCCGUAAGGCUUACGAGCAGCUUUCGGCCGGCACAUAG